AUCCGCGGGUUUCUCAGAUGAAUCUCGUUCCCGUCGUUGUUUUCCUUGCUUCCAACGCCCGAUCCACGAGAAGAAGCGAUAGCGGCCGCGCUCGAUCGUGCGUGUAUAUAAAGAGAACCGAAUUCCUUGCGCAAGGUUCAUUGUUGUGACUUGAAUUCAUGGCAGCAGCAGCAGCAGCACGAGAGACACCACGCACGACGACGACAACGACCGCUCCUUAGCAGAUCAGCUCAAAGAAAGAAACCCAAACCACGGGAGGACAAGGACAAAAGAGAAGGUCCAGAGCACGGAGUGACCACUUGCCCGAUCGAUCGCUUAUCCAGACAGCCGUGCAGGAUGGGACAGGACGAGGAGGAUGCUGCAUUCUGCGAGAAGAUUAUCAACGAGAUCGAUGCCGUAUUCGUACGCGAUCCUGAGCUGAUUGGCUUCGAAAUCAUACCGAUGCCCCUGAACCAAAACAAGUCGCCCGUAAUCCACGUGGAGCAUAAUCUGGGACUGCAAUCGUGGUGCGUCCCGUUCGUGUACACCUACGCCCAUCGGUUGAUUCUGCGGUACCGCAGUGAAUUGCUGCACUCAAACACGCUGCCCACUGGCUGUGGUUCCGGUUGUUGGAGUGCGACCGACAAGGGAAAGCUUUCAAUGGGUGGUACGAGCGGUGGUAACGGAGCCGGAAGCUCACUCCACGGUAACAGCAGCAGCGGCAGUGGUAGUGGUAGUACCAGUGGAGCACUUCCGAUCAUCAAGUAUCUCAACUGUGCUAUACUGAUCAAUCCGGAUGUGGCCACGUUCUGGAACUUACGCCGACAGCUGUUUGCCAAGAAUCGGCUCGAUAUCUCCAAAGAGUUCCACUUCUCCACCCUGGUGUUAAGCAAGAAGCCCAAGUCGAACGAAGCGUUCGCAUACCGGCGCUGGUUGUACCUGUUUCAAAGCUGCGAUGCGAUCGACUGGUCGUUCGAGAUCAGCCUGUGCGAGAAGUGUGCGGACAAGAGCACCACGAACUACCACGCCUGGAGUCACCGGCAGUGGGUGCUGAUGAAGGACCCACAGCUGCUCCGGUACGAGGUGUACAAAACGGAGAAGUUCAUCCGGAAGCACAUCCACGAUUACAGCUGCUACAACCAUCGGCAAUUUGUGCUCGAGCGGAUGUUCGAACAGUGCUACUACGAUGCCGAUGACGAUGAAGAGGAGGACGUCGAUAGUGGUGCCGAUGAGGCUGACGAAGGUGCUAUGAUGGUUGGACGGAGGCGUCGCAAGUACGGUGCACUCUGCAGUCUUAUCGAAUCGCUCACGGGCACGGGUGUGCCGUACGCACAAGAUUCAUCAUUAUCGGUGCGUAAUCUGAUCUGCUACCUGUUACCUGCGAUCGCUACCAAAGACCUAGAUCAGCUGAAUCAGCUGCACGUGCAAGCGUUCCUCUUUUGCGCCAACGCUGCGGCCUACGAUCUGCGAAUGUGCGAGGAGUUGAGCGCCCUGCACAGUCCCUCGCAGGCACUGGCCAACCAUCGAAGGUUUAUGGUAAAGUUUCUCAUCGAGAAGCUACGCCUUGCGCCGGCCUGGCUGGUGAAGGCUACGAAUGAGCCACAGGCUAGUCCAACCUUUCAACAGCCACUGUCGAAGAUAACGCGUCUCGAUGCGGACGCCGAUGAUGGUCCACUACUGCGGGCUCUACAGGCCGAGGAACUGCGCCGUACAUCCGGUGAUCCACGGCACGCACAAUGGUGCAGUACCUUCCUGGGUAUCCAGUAAUGUAGUGGGCUGAGGCAGCCGUUCCUCCCCGUUUUGAUCGAUCGUCGAUGUUCCUAGUCACAACAGUGCAGCUGAAGAAGCAAGAGCGGAUGAGCGGACUUCUGUUUAUAUUUUUCUACGUUUUUACUACGCCCCGUGUCACGGAACUAUGCCUAUGCUUCCUCCAAUGAUUCUACCGAUUCUAGCACGUAGCCCUGGUGGCUGAAAGACCCCAGGAUGGACACAAAGUGGUGAUCGAUAGGACAAAUGCACAUGCGCUCGAGUUGUUAAGAAGUAGUGAAAUUUUACUGUAAAACCGUUCAAUAAAUCAAAAUACUUUAG